UGCAGGGCACCGUGUGUUUAAAGCACGGGAUUCGCUAUUUACGCCUUACUGCAGUGUAAAUUCACUCCCAACAGGAGCGGCGUCCGCGACCCCCACAACUUCACCGGCUUGAGGCUUUUCGUCCCAGCUGUUGUCGUUUGGCGAUCGGCGCGAUGAGCUGUGAAGUUAGUCUGCCGGAAGCUAAGAAAGUUGCGAUAUUCGGGGGCACACAUGGCAAUGAGAUGUCAGGCGUCACGCUCGUCAAUCUCUGGCUGAAGAACCGAGCGGAGAUCCGGAGGAGCGGAGUGGAGGUGCAGCCCUUCAUAACAAACCCCCGGGCAGUGGAGAAAUGCACCAGAUACAUCGACAUCGAUCUGAAUCGGGCUUUCACGCCAGAAAACCUCAGCAAACGAGAGGCAGAAGACCAUCCCUAUGAAAUCAAGAGAGCUCUGGAAAUCAAUCGGAUCUUCGGCCCCAAGGGUAGCUCAGAUGCCUACGAUGUUAUUUUUGAUCUUCACAAUACCACGUCCAACAUGGGAUGUACCCUCAUUUUAGAGAGCUCUCAGGACCAUUUAAAUCUUCAAAUGGUGCAUUAUAUCAAGCAGGCUGUAGCUCCCAUGACUUGCUCUGUUCUGGUGAAUGAACACCCAUUUCUUCAGUAUUCUACUUCACGAUCCGUGGCCAAACACCCUAUUGGUCUCGAGGUUGGCCCUCAGCCUCAAGGGGUGCUAAGAAGUAAUAUUUUUCAGUCCAUGAGGCUAAUACUGAGACAUGCUUUAGAUUUCAUCGAACUUUUCAAUGGAGGUAUGGAGUUUCCCCCUUGCACAGUGGAUGUGUAUCAAGUUACAGAAAGAGUGGAUUACCCCCGAGACACAAACGGAAACAUUACAGCCAUGGUGCAUCCCAAUUUGCAGGACUGCGACUGGGAGCCCCUGAACCCCGGUGACCCUAUGUUCCUGACGUUUGAUGGGAGAACUGUAGAGUAUAAAGGUGGUAACACGGUGUACCCCACAUUUAUAAAUGAGGCAGCUUACUAUGAAAAACAGCAGGCCUUUGUCAUAACCAAAAGGGGAACAUUAAUUGCCAGGCAGAUCAAAGUUUCCAAAAUGUAGAUGGACCCCAUUUGCCACGAAAGACAUGCUCACCUCUCUUAAUAAACAACAUGGGAUCUAACUGGCUGAACACAUGUACUUUAAUAAACAAAUACCAUACAUUUAACAUUGAUGAUGUCGCUGAAAUAAUGCCCAAGGUCAAAAUCUCUUUGAAUUGUUUUAAGUGAUAAGUCAUGACAGCUAUGCAAGUCAUUUAAUAUACUGUAUUCAUUUUGAAAUAUAGAUAUUUUUUACAGAUGUUUUUGACACUUUUGUGAGAGGAACUUUGAGAUAUAUUAUAUAUACUACAUUAUGAUUUUUAGGUACUGAAGCAUAAUAUUUUCUUAAAGGCUUAUACUGCUCUUGUAAAGUAAUGCUAACAGAAUGACCACAUCUCCACAUGUUUUUGCAUAGAUAUGGUACUUAAGUAGUGCAGCUGUAGACUCUGUACAGUAUUGGACACUUCUCAGGAUAUCUGUCGCUUUAGUAUUAUAAUUAGACUGCAUUUAUGCCCCUACAGCUUUGUGUAUUUCACAUAAUUUGACCUUGAUUUCCCAUUUGGCACGUUUUCUUUCCCCUUUAAUGUUUAAAUGAAUAGAGCUACAUUAGGCUUGACACCAAUUAUGGCAUUUACAUUUAUGUAUUUAUUUUGUUAAGGUUUUGUGUCUAACUUGCUUUUUCUCAUGUUUAAUCCAGGUUGGAUUUUAUUUUAUUCUGCCACGUUUUAUUCAAAAAUAUUUUAUUUUUAUUCUCCAGGUAAAACACAUGUCUUACAAAGCACUUUUAUCAGAAUCAGUAUCCUCAGAGUAUCGGUGUAAUAUAUUUCAAGUUAUGAGUAGAUUAAUCUGCAUUGUUUGUACGGAUUUGCUUCACAUUCUUCCAUUCUUCUUUCUGUGACUUGAAUUACGUUAAACGAUGUGCCACUGUGAUCUGUUUUAAUAUCAUUUUAGGGAAAAAAAUUAAGUAAAUUUUGUUCUGCACAACAUAAUGUGCACAUUUUGCGUUUGACAUUAAGAAGUGUUGGUUGGUUGUUAUUGGCUGUGACAUAUGUUGCUCGAAUUAAUGAACAUUAAGAACUAAUAUCACAAAUGAUGUAUUUCAUAUUUUCAUGUGUGUUUGUUAAACAAUGUGACUAAUUAUAAUAAAAAUGAUUUUAAGAUAUUGCUAA